AUGCCCGGAAAAAAAACCGGACUGCAAAUGUUUUUCCCCACCCAAACUCUACCUUUCCCAACACAAUUGCACCAGCACCACAACCGAAAAAUAUGCCCGCGCACCACUUUACACCGAAAAAAAUACGCAUUUAAAGGAUUUGUAAUUAUUUUAAUGCAAAAAGCAUUACUUAUAGCCACAAUAACGUUUUUUGCUUUAUUAAAGUAUCAAAAACUGUUAGCUGGCUUUCAAAUGUGCCUGGCUUGCCAAAAAAGCUACGUGCUUUUACGCCUGGCGCAACAACGAAUUAAAUACGCCAAACUACGGAACGGCCAGAACUUUAUCCUUAAAAAGGAUAAUGAUUUUGGGCAUGGAAAAAGCAAAAGUAAUAUUGUUAGGACCUGGAAAAAAAAGCACAAUUUCCGGCAUUACUUUAACUGCACGCAUUCCCUUAAUAUCCCUUUUAUUGAAAAGGCCUGGCAGGCCUUUAAAGCCGCUAUAAGGAAAUUGGCUAUUUAG